UUUCACAACGUCGGUAGCUGCCGUGAAGAGCGCGUGCUUAUCAUUCGGAGCUCGCCGUCCACGGAACAAAUAGGUACCCCCGCGCUGCUGCUGUCUGCUGGUCCCAUAGUUCGCUCGAGGAUACAUAGGUACCUACCUACUUUACACAGCCAGGCACCGUUUGUCUUUUUUAUCGCAGCGCAGGUCGUUGGCUGGGCGCGGGUGGGAUUGAGCGAAGGAUUUAUACCGAAAACAGUGACGUAAGCAAGCGAGUCGGUUCAAGUAAGGCGCCUGGGCUGUUAGUCGUCAUCGUUCGGAAAUAGCUGCAGCUGCUGGAUUUCAAAUAAACGAAAACAAAUCAGCGCACGAUGGGUCUGCUGAGCGAGGGUAGUCCGCUGAGUUGGGAGGAAACGAAGGUACUGGCGCAGCAUGUGCGAGAGCAUGGCAUCGAACAGUUCAUCAAUAUGUACGCCCGGCUCAAGGAUAGGCAGGGUGAUGUCCUAAAGUGGGGCGACGAGGUCGAGUACAUCAUCGUGCGUUUCAACGACGAGAAAAAGGAAACGCAGGUUUCGCUGCGGGCUCGCGAGAUGCUGGCCGUGCUCAACGAGAAGGAACACAGCGAUCCGACAGGCGUAAAAUCACUCUGGAGACCGGAGUAUGGAGCCUACAUGAUCGAGGGCACUCCCGGGAAACCCUACGGAGGCUUGUUGGCUCACUUCAACGUUGUGGAAGCCAACAUGCGCUAUCGCCGCAUUGAGGUGGCCGAACUUUUGUCGCCGGGAGAGCACGUUAUGUCGAUUACGAACUUCCCACGCUUGGGUGCCCCCAAUUUCACCUACCCGCGAGCGAAGCCAACACCCGAGGAUGAAUCCUGUGCAGCUCGAUCGCUAUAUUUCCCCGAUGAAGCUAUCUACCCGGGACAUCCCCGCUUCAAGACACUUACCCGUAACAUCCGUCAGCGACGAGGUGAAAAGGUGUCCAUCAAUUUGCCCAUUUUCCGAGAUAAGAACACGGUGAUUCCUGUCAUUGGAAGUCUACCGGAUAAACCGGACCACGUACAUAUGGACGCGAUGGGCUUCGGGAUGGGCUGCUGCUGUCUGCAGCUGACAUUCCAAGCUUGUAACAUAACCGAAGCACGUACGCUGUACGAUCAGCUGACUCCGAUGUGUCCGAUUAUGUUGGCCCUGACGGCCGCUAGUCCAGCCUAUCGGGGAUAUCUGACCGACGUAGACUGUCGUUGGAAUGUCAUUUCUGCCUCAGUGGACUGUCGAACGAAGGAGGAGAGAGGAGAACUACCGCUCAAAAAUGAUCGAUUCCGAAUCUAUAAAUCUCGCUACGAUUCCAUCGAUUCCUACUUAUCCCCAGCUGGUGAAAAGUACAACGACGUGCCUUUGGUGUUGGACGAAAAAUUGUACAACCGUCUCCGCGAAGGUGACAUCGAUCACCUACUGGCGCAGCACGUUGCACAUCUCUUCAUUCGGGAUUCCGUUUCCUUGUUCAGCGAAAAGGUUCACCAGAACGACAAAGAGGACACCGAUCACUUUGAGAACAUUCAAUCUACCAACUGGCAGACGAUGCGCUUUAAACCGCCUCCACCGAACUCUCCAAUCGGUUGGCGCGUAGAAUUCCGACCAUGCGAGGCACAGCUGACCGAUUUCGAGAACGCUGCCAUCGUUUGUUUCGUGGUACUGCUUACCAGAGUGAUUUUGUCCUACCAGUUGGAUUUUCUCAUUCCGAUCAGCAAGGUGGACGAAAAUAUGCAAACCUCUCAGAAACGGGGUGCCGUGUUGACGGAGAAGUUCUGGUUCAAGAAAAACAUCACCGGCAUUUCCACCGGUGGACAAAAGAACAGUAACGAUACAGCAGCUCAGGUUAACUCGACGGAAGCGACCAAUCACGACAACGAAAACGGUAUAGACGAGGAGUACGAAUUGAUGACUAUCGAUCAGAUCAUCAACGGUAAGGAAAAUUUUCCCGGACUCGUUCCGCUGAUCAACAGCUAUCUCGGAUCGAUGGAUGUGGACACCGAUACGCACUGUACGAUUCAGCAGUACCUCAGGUUGAUUCAGAAACGGGCAUCUGGAGAGUUGCUCACCACCGCCUCUUGGAUGAGACAGGAGAUUACCGGGCAUGAAGAGUACAAGCAAGAUUCGGUGGUCAGCGAGCGCAUCUGCUACGACCUGCUGAAGAAGGCCAAGGACAUCCAGGAUGGCAUCCGACCCUGUCCGGAGCUGCUGGGAACUAACAUCAACUCGAAGACCGCCGACAACAUUCCGCCAGCGAUCGAGAAGCAUCUGACCAAACUGUGCUAAACUCAUCUUAUUGGAGUGUCUAUAAACAAUACCGUCUCAUGCCAUUGUGUUUCCAUGCAUUUAAUCCGAUGAGAAAAGAAGCUGAAGUUCGAACCAGAAUUAUUCACGCAAGACUUGAAUUGUAACAGUUUUGACUAUGCGGGUAAAUUUUUCCUUGUUUCGGUUUGAUCAGAGGUCAGUUCCAAUUUGCCGGCAAUGAAAACACAAACUCAACAUAAACAUGUCUAUUUGCUGUAGGACUGCUUCAAAUUAUAUUGUUUUUUUUUUUUUUUAAUAAGUGUAGUAACGAAUAGCCAGUAGACGAUCACGUAUACUUAAAUUUUGGAAACGAUUUUUGUACUUUUUACCGUUGGGUAAGCAAAGACCUUUAUUAAGUUUUGAGUUCUGAUUUGAGAGAUACAAUUAUAUUAUACAUACAUGUUAUACUUUAGUUGGUAGCGAGGGAGUUCAGAGUAUGUAGAGGGCAUUUUUCUUUUUCUUUUCAUUACAAGUUAGCAGGCAGGUGAUUUAUCCGCGGUAGUAUUCUUUUUUCAUGGGCCAAAUAGAACAAUAACAUAGUACUUUACACAUACCAACUUGCAGAAUAAGAAAUGAGUGUUCUUCAUGUAUUUUUACCGUCAAUCAAUAAAAGAAACGGAUCCUGAAUCUGACCUCACAAAUCUGUCAUGGACUUUUAAUA